GUCAUAUUCUGUUGUUGCCCUGUUGUGGACGUUGGCUGGCUGCCAGUGAUGGCCCAGUACACGAUUACCGAUUGUCUUUGUUGACAUUUGUGGUUUAUUGCUUAUUUCGAUGUAUUUGGAUUUUCACCGGUGCUGUGCUUAUGUGCCAGUAGCUUUGGCUGCGAGUCGUUGCAAUUGUUGGUUAAUUGAUGAUGUUUUUUUCCUUUGAAAAAUAGUUUGAUGUCUCCAUUGUGCAUGGAAUUUGUAACGUGAAAAGUAGAACGUUACGGGAAAAAUGCAAUGAGUGUGAAAAACAAAGAUAGAGAGGUACAAGAGAGCCACUGAAUAGGUAAUUAAAAAAGUGUUUGGAGACAACUCGACGUGUGGGAGGUUGCAGAAAUCCAGUUUGGAUUCGAAUGCCAAAGAUUGAGUUUCUCUAGUGUGAAAAAAGUACGCGGCGUCACUUGUCGGUGAUAACGAAGCGACAGACACACGUGCGAAGCUGCAGAGAGAAGCCAUUGGCAAGUGUCGGAGGAAGAGACGGAAUACAACAUACGCUCGAGCUUAGAGCCACGAUAAUAAUAAUUAGAGGCACCCGAGUUAUCGAGCCAUGGACUCCUCACCUAUAUCGCUGUCAACGCUCCUGCUAUUUCUGCUACUGUUACGGCAACCAGCAGUCGAGGCGCUGAGGGUUGAAGUAAAGGUUCCACCGUACCUCAAGAAAGGCGAGUCUGCCAGGCUGGAGUGCAGGUACGAGCUAGGCUCUGAUAAGCUGUACUCCGUGUCCUGGUACAAGGACAACGUACACAUUUACAAGUUCUUGAAGAAACAACACGAAAAGCUGGUUUUCAAUGUAAAUGGCGUCACGAUUGACCCACACAAAUCAAGCGACCAGUUACUGCAGCUUCAGAGCGCGAUCAUCGACGCGACCGGCUACUACAUGUGCGAAGUGAACACCGACAGUCCUGUGUUUAAGGUCGUGAAGGCCAUAGCUUACAUGGAGGUCAUAGAUCCGCCUCGGGAGGGUCCGAAGAUUACCGGUGAAGAGGAGAUUUACGCCAGUGGGGAUAUUAUGGCGCUGAACUGCACCAGCGCCUUCUCGUAUCCAACGGCUCGGUUGCAGUGGUUCAUCAACGAAAUCGAGGUUCCUCCAGCCUCGGAAGUGUUGCAUUCGACGUAUCAUGGCCUUCACAGUACGCGUUCGAGUCUCCGGUUGGAGCUCAAACCAAGGCAUUUGACUCACGACAGGAUAAAAAUCACAUGUGUGCAGACGGUGCGUACGUCACCACAAGCUACCAUACCUUUUUUGGAUGUCAGGGAAACUCAAAUUUUCGCUUGCAGUAUUCAUGAUGAAGAUACUACGGCUACUGCUUUCUACUGGCAACCUAUUAUUGGUGGUCAAGUUCGAGGUCAAGUUGCUUUGCAAAGAAACGGUCAUUGA